AUGGCGUUCCUACACGCGCACUCGUGCGAGUGUCUUAAGUCGGAGCUUGAAUUAUUUUCAUUACCGCCAACCCAGACAACGAUCGAGGGGACACACUCUGUAUACUACAAACCAAUCUCAUCGUUGACGGAUGAUUCACCGAUAGAAUUUGUCGUCCCAGGCCAGGGGGAUGAGUACAUUGAUCUCGCGCAUACAAUGCUAAGUAUACGCGUUAAGAUAGAUGCUCCAGAUUAUAAAAAGACAGGGGGGCUAGAGGGCGUAUCACCCGAUGUAGGACCUGUCAAUAAUCUCCUACACUCAAUGUUCAGUCAGAUCGAUGUAUUUUUGAAUCAAAAACUUGUGUCUCCUCCUAACAACGCUUAUGCUUAUAGAGCUUAUAUUGAAACUCUAUUGAACUACGCAUACGCCGCGAAGACAUCGCAUCUUACAAGUGCUUUAUGGUAUAGUGAUACAGAGGGAGCAAUGGAUGAUAAGGGUGAUGGUAACAAAGGACUUGUAGAGAGACGGGAUGCAUUAGGCAAGGAUAGAACGAUCGAUCUUCUUGGACAUUUGCAUUGCGAUAUCUUCAAUCAGGAAAGGUUUUUACUGAACGGUGUUGAGAUGCGUUUGCGCCUUGUGCAGAACAAUAGCGCUUUCUGUCUCAUGACUGAUUUGAAAAACUGUAAAAUCCGCAUUACAGAAGCAUCGCUAAUCGUGCGACGCGUUAAGAUAGCCCCUGGUAUACUCCUGUCUCAUGCGAGAGCUCUGUCUAAAUCUAAAAAUUUUGCUGACGCGUGUCAGCAAAAUAUCCGCUGA